UAUGUACGCAUUUUUAAAACUGAGAACUCAUCUUCGCAUCAUCAUCAGCUCCUCUAUCCAUCGAUUGGAGAAGAAGGGAUGUUUUGAGAACAAAUAUUCGAGAUGGGUUGUUCUAAUAUAACUCUUUCGUUACCUCUUCUUCACAUCUCUCAGAACCAUGGGGGUGGUGGCGGCGCUGGAGAGGAGCCAAACAUCUUGAUAAAACCAACAAUUCCUUCUUAUAAAUGGCGCUUAGUUAUCUCAUAUGAUGGCACUAAAUUCUCAGGAUGGCAGUAUCAGGAGACAGUGCCAACUGUUCAGUGUAACAUAGAAAAAGCUUUAAUGCGAGCAACAAAGCUAGAGCGCAAGGACCUUUGCUUGGUUGGUGCGAGUAGGACAGACGCUGGUGUUCAUGCAUGGGGUCAGGUGGCACAAUUUCUUACUCCUUUCAACUAUGAAAGCUUGGAUAGCAUUCAUGCGGCAGUCAAUGGUCUUCUUCCAUCUGAUAUUCGUGUGAGAGAGAUUAGUCCUGCUCUGCCUGAAUUUCAUGCUCGUUUUUUCCCAAAGAGCAAAAUUUAUCACUACAAGAUAUAUAAUGAUGCUGUCAUGGACCCACUCCAGCGGCACUUUGCAUACCAUUACACUUACAAACUUAAUGCUGUUGCUAUGAGGGAAGCUGCAAAUCACUUUGUUGGAACACAUGAUUUCUCUGCAUUUGCUAAUGCAUCAAAUAGAGAUGGUGUGGCAAAUCCUGUAAAGCAUAUUUUCCGUUUUGAUGUCAUUGAAAUGGGACCCCUUUUGCAGCUUGAGGUUGAAGGCUCGGGUUUCUUAUACAGACAAGUGCGAAACAUGGUAGCGUUAUUGCUUCAUGUAGGUAGGGAAGCAAUUCCCCCUGAAAUUGUUCUCAAGAUUAUGGCUACUCGAGACCGAAGGGAACUUGCAAAAUACGCUUUGUCUACUCCACCUCAUGGACUGAGUCUUAUGUCUGUUUUGUAUAAUGAAGAGUUGCUAAAGCCUCCCCCAGAUUCUCCACCAACUAGUUUUGGAAGAUAUCAUACAAUAACCCACUGUAAGCUUCCUUUCUAUUGAAGAGACAUACAUGUAAUUUUGCUAGCCCAUGUAUCAUCGCCAACACUUAGAGGAAGUAAUAAUAGUAUAUGAAGUUCAAAUUUUGGAGAAAAAAGAGCAAUAACUUUUAUUGUUUCUUAUAUAACAAACCAUGUGCGAGAGUUGCAAAGUUUCUUAUGAAAUUGUUGAUACUUUAACUUAAAAACUGGAACGAUCCUCAGGUAUGACGAAGCAA